AUGAAUACUAGUCUUUCAAAAGUUGGGGCCGGGAGAGAGGAAUUUCCCCCGUUUGGUAAAGGCGGAAUUUCAUUGACUUUAGAAAAUCCCGACAUCAACACAUCUCACGAUCCAUUGCUUUUAAUGGCAUCAAAAGAUACGAAAGAAAAGGUGACAACUGCUGUCGAGUUUCUCGAGCAGCAACAAAUUCUUGAGGAAGAGGCAGCAGAGAUAUUGCCUUGGAAUUUCGACCAAUGUACCUACUCCAAUGGUUAUAUACGCCAACCAGUUUAUGCUUGCAAAACAUGCAAGCCUAACGCGAAUUUCGAGUCCGGUGGAGUCUGUUACUCGUGUUCAAUUGCCUGUCACGCAGCAAGUAUUUAUAUUGAGCAACGAGUGUUAUUAGAUCACGACUUGGUGGAGUUGUUUAACAAACGAAAGUUUCGGUGUGAUUGCGGUACUGCUCGUCUUGGCGACCACGCCUGCCAAGUUGAACCUAAAAAGAAUGAGGAAAUAAAUGAGCGAAACCAAUAUAACCAUAACUUUGUAGGACGUUUCUGUUGGUGUGAUGAUGAGUAUGACGCGGAAAAAGAGGAGUCAAACAUGUUCCAAUGUUGCGUGUGUGAAGAUUGGUUUCAUGAGGGAUGCGUGAAUGGUGAAAAGACCGGAAAUUUAAAUUUCAUGAUCCCUGAUUUAGAAUCAUUUGAAGAAUAUAUUUGCCGUACAUGCACUAGCAAAUAUCCUUUCUUAAAGCAAUAUAAACAUUCACAUAUGUUCUUCUCCGGUCAAUUUAAACCAGAAGUCGAGCAAUCAUCAUCAUCAAAUUUAACCGAAUCAAAUCAAUCAUCAUCAAAUGUCAAGGAUUCUCAAGUAGUCACCAGUGGUGAUCAACCUCCUAAAGAGACGGUGAUGACAUCAUCAAACGUGACGUCACCAUCAGCAACAGAAUCAUCAGUCAAAAGAAAAAUUGAUGACAACAACGACGGCGACAUCAUUGAUUCAUCAUCGUCAUUAAAAAAAGUAAAAGUCGAAUCAACUAAAAAAAUACCAUGCAAACUUGAAAAAUUCCCAUUGAUUUCUAAUCAUUUGCAAGUGGAUUUAUUUUGUGUGCAAGGUUGGAGAGAUGAAUUAUGUCGAUGCGUCAAG